AUGGGUCGAGACAGAACCAAGUAUAUGCGCGGUUAGUUUAACAUUAAAUAUAACAAUUUUCAAUAAAACAUUUUACAUUCCAGGACGUAUCAAUUUGAUGCAUCCAUCAAAUAUGGAACGUGAAACAGAUGCCGUGGAAUCUAUGGAUGAAAGUGAUAUUGAGGAUUAUGGUGAUCAAGAUUGUUCGAUGAACGAACACUUUGAAGAAGAUGAAACAAAUUUUGAGGCUGAGGAUUUGGAGAAUGGUUCGGAUGAAGAGGAAAAUGGCGUAGAAUUGUUGGAAAUCGAUGAAAUUCAAUUAGGACAAGACGCUGAAAUUGAGAAUGAAUAUGAAUAUGACGAUUUGUCUGAUGAUGAUGAGGAGGACAGUGAAGAUGUUGAGGAGGACAGUGAAAGAAGUUCUUCUCCAACGCGCCACGACGAUUGUCCAGGUAUUUUUGUUAAUGAUUUCAAAAACAAAAAUGUUUGCAAACAAUAAGAACAUAAAUUAUGAUGAGUUCAUAAUUCUCUAACAUAGAAUAACACUUUCUUUCCUAGACCCAGAUCGUUUGUCAUCAAAAUUAGAGAAAUUGAAUGACAAACAACUUGUUGCCUUGUUAACUGCAUUGCAAUCAAAAGAAUCGACUGAAGGUAGUUCAUCAACAUAGUAGUAAAUUUUGUACGUAAAUGAUUUAGCUUUCAAAAAACGGCUUCUCAUGUUCGACAGUGUUACGGAAAGAAAGGAAUUGUUGGAUGUUUGGAAUUUGUCCAAGAGUAGAUAUACGAAUUUCGAAAUAUGUAAUAAUUGUGGUAGUUCAACCAAUGAUAGUGAUAGAUGGUAAUUUCUCUCCAGUUUGUUCGCUUCCUAAAUCAGUUAUUUAGUUCGAAGCCGGAAUGCAUUGCGGUCAACGCAAAAAAAUUAGUCGUGACUAAGUUAGAUGUCAUUCAACAAAUAACGCAUAUUGUUGAAAAGUAUUUGCCAGAUAUUUUGGAUCUGAGAGCUGCUUUGAAAUCAGGAAUGAAAAUUGCUCAUAAUCUGAGUAGUGGAUAUUUUUCCCAACUUUGGAAACAUGAGAAAGAUUCAAUCGAUUUAUCCUUGCAUUGUACAACUGAUGGUGUUCGUCCUAAAGGGAAUACGAAGUAAGAAGAAACAGUUAAUAUUUCGCAUUACUAAAAGGGCAUAAUUGACAGAAAAAAAAUGUGGCCGUUCGUUUUAUCAAUUGUUGAUUUGCCAGUCCAUAUUCGCCAAAAAGCAUCUUCUAUGAUUCUACCUUGCCUUAUAAGCGGCGAUGAAAAUCCAUCGACUAAAGCUUUUAAUGCAGUUUUGAGUAUAUUGGAAGAUGAUCUGAGCAAUAUGAGCAAUGGUUUGAUAAUUGGAGGUCAUAAAUUCACGUUCAAUCUGACAUCAUGCACAUCCGAUCAACCAGUCAGUUUUACUCAUUUUUUCGCUGAACAAUCUGUUUUUAGGCGAAGAGAAAUCUUUUUGGCUUUUAUGCUCCUAACGCGGCAUGCUCUUGUUUCUAUUGCUUGGGAGUUGGUACUACCUACAAGAAAAAUGGAGACGGUGAGAAUACAUGAGCAGAUUGUUAAAUAGACAUAGCUUUAGAGCGCUAUGUACAUCGGAUGAACAAAUACAAGAAAGAUUCAGAAAAGGGCCGCUAUGGAAUGAAAAAACUUCUGGCCAGAAUUCUUGAUUAUUUAACCCCAUGGGAUUGUAUCAUAGAUGUUUUGCACAAUUUCAGUGAAGGAGUUAUCACUCUAGUUUUGCUUGGUAAAUGAAACAAAACUUUUCCUCAUUUUUCUAAUUUUCAUUCAGAGAUGUUCCGUAAAGCAAAGUUGAGAUCAAAUUUGUUUGAAAUCAAUGAAAAUAUGAUCCGACUGAUUUUGAAACAAGUAUUCGCUCCUAAAAUAUAUCAAAGAUGUGGAGGUUUUCGCAAUGGAACGGAUAAAUCAACAGUAGGCUUUCAAUUAUGAAUUCUUCAGAAUCAUGUUUUUUCUAGUUUUUUCGCAUCUAUUUGCUUCUUGCCAUUCUCAAAUCUGAGGAAAAACCUGAAUGCCAGCUAGCUGUGAUCUCUUUGGGUUUAUUACUCAAUCAAAUGUACACUGAUUGCGAGACAAUCGAUGGAUUUUAUUCAGAUGUUUGCUCAUGUUUGGCAGCAGUUCUUCAGCAUUUUAGUGAAACGUAUAUCCCAACAAAAACCCAUGUAAGUGACUGUUGUCAACCUGUUUCGGUAGCAUAUUUUUUAUUAGGAAAUCGUUUUUCACUUGCCCUAUGUAGCUACAAAAUUUGGCAACAUCGCUACAUUGUCAACGGAAAUGUAUGAAAGCUUUUACCACUACAUCAUUUCUGAAUACAAUUCACAAAUCACAACCAAUUUUGUUGAAAUGGUUGGAACAAGGUUAAAACAAAAAAAAAAGUCCAAACAAGAAAAAUCUUUUUUUUUUCAGAUUUAUUCUGCUCAAUGUCGCUGAAAGAGAGCUGGUGGAUCGACGAAAACAUGGAGCUUCUCUCAUUGUGACUGAGAUGAUUAAAGAAUGUGGUUUGGAAGUUCAGCAAGUUUCGAAGUGUGGCAAAAUCAAAGAACUAAAACAAGAAGAUGCUAAUUUUGUCGGAAGUUUAAGAUGUUAUGGGACAUUGAAAUUGCCUCUCGGAACGUUGCGAUCUUCAAGCUACACCAACAAAUCCGAAGAUAUAAUUUUUUUCGAGUUCAAUAGAAUCAAUCAAUGCGGAAAAUUUAUACUUUAUACAACAGAAAAAGGAGUUUUGGUCGAGCUUUUCAAAGAAAAUGAUUAUGGCGAUAGAUUCGUGGAUUUGGAGAAUAAUUUUGCAAGAUUGAAUCCGAUGUUCUCACUUCAUGGCGCUAAAUUAUUGCAUCAUCUGAAAAACUUCGGAGGUAUCAAGUUUGGUCAAGAAGGUGGUGAUAGAGUAUGGAUUGACAGAACUCAAAUUCAUGGAAUUGGCGCUAAACUUUCCUUUGGAAAUGAUCUUUGUUAUUUACAAUGUAAUGGAGCGAUCACCCACAAAUGAUCGUUACAUUUUUAUUGUAACAUUGUUUAUAUGUUUACUUGUGUGCACUUUACAACGAUUCAUUGCAUGUUUGUCCUUUAUGUUUUCUUCUAAUUAAUCUUCAUGUUGUUCAAUGUGAAAGUAAAAAUAAUAUUUGUUUGUGUUCAAAGUGUUUCGUUUGUCCGUCAUAAAUGUUUUUUUUUUUCGAAAAACUAGCGCUUUUUUCCCGUUUUUUCUCCAUCUUUCAGUUUCAUUUUUCCACACUUCUCUUUUUUUAUUGUUUCUAAUUUUUUCAUCUUCAAUUUUUCGUUACAUCUCGUCGUUUUUUCACUUUUCAAAACAAUAUUCAAAAUUAGAAAAAUUAACUACAACACUCCGCAUGCCUGUAAUUUAAUUUUCCCCCUAUUUUUCUUUUCCCCCUCUCUCGUUUCCACACACUGUUUUCCAAACCAGCGUCACAUUAAAUUUCUUCUAUUCUUAUUAUUUUUCAAUUUCCUUUUUAUAUUAUUUAUUCCCUUCUUGUCUACUAAUUAUCAGUUAUUUUAUCCCAUCCCUCCGCGCCUAAGUUAGUAUUAGCUUCUUUAUACGUCUGAUGAAAAAGGUUUCCUUGCGUUAUUAUCAUUUUCUUUUUAAAUUUAAUUUCAUUCCUUCUUCUACUUUAUCUCUUUUUUUCCUUUUUACUCUCUUUCUUUAUUAAUCAUCAUUUUUUUUCCAGUGACGGUGACGACAGCAACAAGGAUGUCGACACGAGCCGAACGCAUGAAAGCUUUUUUGAAGGCAAGUUUAAAAAUUAUUAGAAAAAAUAAUAGCAAAUUUAACGACAUUGUUCAGAAUCGAAUAAAUGUGCGUCCUCCUCAUCGAGAUGCCGAACAACACGCCCAAAAAUUGAAGGAAUAUUUUUUGGAAAGAGAGGAAAUGGAUACAAGAAAAAGAAGAAGGGACGGUGACGAUGAGGACGAUGAUGAUUAUGAGGUAUUUCUUCUUAUUUCCUAAGUUUUCAUUUAAAGGGUUGGCGUUCUCCUGGUGAAAAAACAAGCAAGAUUUCUUGGCGGAGCCCCAACUCUUUAAAGCCAUAAAUUCUAUCCACAUUUUUGAAAAAAUUUGAAAGAAAGCUAAGAAAAAGCAUACAUCUGUUUGCAUAUAUUUUUUGAAGACACGUAGAAAACUAGAAUUGUGUGUUCGUAAUUGUAGAAAUUUGAACGAUUUUUUUCCAAAAUCUCAGCGUUAACACUAUUGAAAUUUAAAAAUACUGAUAUGACACUGGAGAUAGUAGCUCAUCUUUCUUACAGCCAUAUUCGGAUAAAGAAGAUCAAGAGUUAUUCCCGUCGAUUGCUGGAAAGGUAGUAUUUGAUUUCAAACAAGAACAUAUUUCAUACAUCAUUUUUAGAAGCUGCAGGAUCAGAGAAAGCAGAAGCGAGUUGAAGAAAAACAAUCGCGAAAACGAGGAGGGAGGGAAAAGAAGAAAGUUGAUGACGGAGAAUCGAUUGUUUCGGCGACUGCAUUAGCUGGAGGAGGAUCGGCGACACCGAGUGUUUCGGCGGCUGAAUUAGCUGGAAGAGGAUCGGCGGCUGAAUUAGCUGGAGGAGGAUCGACGACUGAAUUAGCUGGAGGAGGAUCGACGACUGAAUUAGCUGGAGGAGGAUCGACGACUGAAUUAGCUGGAGGAGGAUCGGCGACGUCGAGUAUUUCGGCGACUGAAUUAGCUGGAGGAGGAUCGGCGACAUCGAGUAUUUCGGCUAGUGGACCUGCUGUACAUCCCAUCGUUAUUGUUCCAACAAGAAAUAUCGAUUCCACACAAAGUUUGACCGGAGAACAUCCAAAACAAGACAAAUUAUCUACCAAAGGCAGAUACAAAAUCAUUGCUGUCGCCAAAGCCUGCUUCUUCAACUUCAAGGAAAACAGAGCCUACGAUGAUAUUGCCAUAAAGGUUAGUCAAUUAAAAAAGCGGAAAAUUAUGAAACAAUAAUGUUUUUUAGAGCAAAAAAACAGCAAAAAUUCGAGGAUCAGCAAUUUUCGACUUACAAGAUGGAUUGAAAUUGGCUGAGAAUUGUACGGGACCUAUGAAAGAAGUUGCAUUGGCAAAUGUGGUUCUGACCAUACAUGUUUUUCUAUCCGGAAGGCCCUUCGGGUUAAAGACCCCUUUUUGUCAAAAAUGAAAAAGUUAAAGACCCUCCACCGGAAAAAUGAAGAACAAAAAUACUGCCAAAAAUCAAAGUAAAAGCUCUAGCCAAGAACCGAACCUUUGUAGCUGGAUUAGAAAGCGCGAGGCUAACCGACUGCUCUAUGCUCUCGUUGUUUUCCCCUCCUUUGUUUUCCCUUGUUAUGCAACACACGCACUCAUCUUUUUUCUUUUUUUUUUCGUUUUUUUUCACAGACAAUUCAAAUCAAAAGCAAAACUUAACAGCUUAAAGGCAACCAAAUGAGCUAAAAAUUUUCACAGCUCUACUUCAAGAUAUUUCGCAGGGUUCGAAAACCUAAAAUCCUCCAAUAAAGACCGUUUUAAGGGAAAUAAAGACCUAUCCGGAAAAGUAUAGGAUGACACUAUACUUUUCCGGAUAGGUCUUUAUUUCCCUUAAAACGGUCUUUAUUUGAAAGUUUUAGGUUUUCGAACCCUGCGAAAUAUCUUGAAGUAGAGCUGUGAAAAUUUUUAGCUCAUUUGGUUGCCUUUAAGUUGUUAAGUUUUGCUUUUGAUUUGGAUUGUCUGCGAAAAACGAAAAAAGAAAAAAUGAUGUGGGCGGAGCCAGGUGCAAUGAGAGAUAUGGUGUGUGGCGCUACCAGCGAACUGUCGGCGAUGAGAGAUAUUGAAAUAUUUCGCGUGAUGCAGAAUGAAACAAGGCGUAAUUUUUGUGGAAACCUUGCUUCUCUUUGAAAGAAGAAGCUGAUGCAGAGGUAAUUUUGAUGACUUGAGAAAUUAAUAGUAAUUUUUUCAUAAAAGUUAAGGACCUAUUUUUCAUGAAAAAUAAAAAAGUUAACGACCCUAUUUUAUACUUUUCCGGACCAAAAACAUGUAUGGUUCUGACCGACAAGGUAUUCUUUAGUUUUCAAAAAUUAAACGUAUUUUGACUGAUUGUAAAAAUUAAUUUUGAACAUGACAAGGUCAACUUUCACUCGAGAUUUGUAAAAAAAAAAUAUAUUUUAUAGUGGUUUUCGACCCGUUGAUCACGAUUCGAAAAUUUCGAAAAAUAAGUUCAAAAAUUUCGAAAAAUUGCCACUUUAGGAGGUCAGAAAUCGCUUCCAAUGAAAAAAAAAUAGUUUCAUGAAAACCAUUUUGGAUCUGACAGCAUAGGGUUGUUCAGAAUGGUCGAUUACAUAAGUUUAGAAGGUUCAUUCAAUAAUCUGGAAGAUUUCUCAGAAAAGUUUGAAAUCUGCAACAAAAAAUUUUUCAAAGUUGAUCACAAAUUGAAAAAAUAAAGUUUACUUAAGUAAUCGAGCCUCCUGAACAACGCUAUGCCAUCAGAUUUUUAUGAAAAUAAUUUUAAAGUUGAAUUCUGACCCUCUAAAGUCCGGAUUUUUCGAAAUUUUCGAACUUUGACACAUCAUAACUCAUGUUAGAAGCUGGGUUGUGCAAUUGCAAAAAACCACUAUGAAAUAUAUAUGUGAAAGAGUGAAAGUUGAAACAGUUCCCUUGUGAAUCAGCUCAAAAAGAACUUGUUUUUUGAGGUCAAUGAGCUGUCAGAACAAUUGGAGCGACUUUUGAUGACUCAAUCAAACACAGAUUGUUGUUAUCUCGAUUUUUCGAAUCCAUCCUCGUCGGUUUUCCUAUUGAAAAAUGGGAGGAUUUACGAUAUGAUGACUUAUAUCGACGAUGAUUUAAUUGAACGUUGUUCAGGAAAGAACAUAAAACAAAUUUCAUCGGAAGUUGCCCGCAGCACUUUCAAAGAUGUGAGUUUUUUUUAAAAAUAUUUCUCCAUCAAGACCUGUUCCUUCACACUGCAACUGCCUAAUAUAAUUUAAUUUUAUCAGUCUGUCUACAACGCAGAAGAAAUGUUGGUUGGUAUGAGUGCAACAAUCAAUGGCUCCCGAAAGUAUGUGGAUAUUGGUAAAAAUCCACUUAAAAUCAUGGCCGGUUAGUUGGGGGAUUAAAAAAUUCAUGAUUAAAAAAACAUUCGGUUGAUUUCAGAAUUUGUUGUUAGCAUAACUCGGGAAUGCACUUGUCUUGAUCCAUUCGGAUUAUCGCGUACAACGAUUCGACAAGUUAUUUCGGAUAUGUUGUAGGUUUUCUACUAUGCCAAUCCUACAAUCAAAACAUAACCAAAUUUCAGAUCAACUGCUCGAAAAGAACUUCGAAAACUCGAGGGAGGAGAAAAGAAAAUCAAAGAAUCUUGCGAUGCCCUCAAAGAUUUUUUGGCACAGAACCCGGGUUUAGAAGAAAAAGUUGAACAAUACUCUGCGGAAGACUUUGCCGAUGUUGAAUAA